GAAGAACAAAGUGUCACGGACUAAAACUUUUAUUUGUCAUUUUUUCCAACAUGUUUUGAAUUGUCUCUUAAUUGAGUUUUUGUUUUGUCUCAUUAUUCACUUUAUAAGCUACACAAAACCAUGACAUAAACUCACAAGUCUUGUUCAGAAAAAUAAGUGUAGAUAAGGAAAAUUUUGUGGAAUCUUAAUAUCUUAUCCUUGCUUAUAAAAGCAUUGUUUCUUUUUUCCUAAUAACUUCAAAUUUUGUUGGUUUUUUCAUCUGAAUUAGUGACAUGGAUGUGAAGUUCAAGUCUGUUUCUGAAGGUGAACAUGAAGAGGAAGAAGAAAACAUGCACUUUCUGAAAUCUCUUCAGGAGUUAAGAGAAUUGAGGUCUCAGCUUCACUAUGCUGCUGAUUAUUGUGAAACAACAUUCAUGGAAAGUGAAAAGAAAAAAGAUGUGAUGGAAAAUACAAAAGAAUACAUAUGUAGAGCUAUGGUGACUGUGGUUGAUCAUCUUGGAAAUGUUUCCUCCAAUCUUGAAGGACUUAUUUCUCACACAAAUUCAUUUUCUGAUGCUGAGAUAAAAGUUCAAUGCCUCAGACAAAGACUUUUCUCAUGUGAACAAUAUGCUGACAAACUUUCCCUCUCAAAUAUGCAAUGGAGGGAGAAAUUGCCAAGAUUUCAUACAAGAUAUUUAUCAUCAUCUCCUACCCUUGAGAGAUCACAAGAGAAUUUGAAGCCAGCCAUUGCUACAAAUAACAAGCACAACAAUUUGGCCUUUGUGAUGCCCGUUCGCGACGGUUUGAAAGUGUUAGCAAAAGUUUCAAAUCCUACAUUUCAUUUCCAUGCUACUCCAAAGGUUGGGCCGCGUCAUAGAAGAUCGUUGCACGGAAGCGAUAUCUUAUGGCUCAUUAGGCGCACAAAACAUUCGCAUUGAGAAAAUUGAGUUUAAUUGCUUAUCAUUUAUACGUUGUGGUUUAGUGUUAGCUUUAUGAUUCAUGAAUCAAAUAUGAUUAAUAAAAUAUCGGUACAUUGAAACA